CUCACACUCUCAAUCCUCUCUCUCUCUACAUCCGUUUGCUGCCAAAUCUUUGGUUUUGCCCAAAGACGCAUCAAAUUCAGUCCCAUUAUCUCCCAUCAUUUUCCUUUUUCACUUUCUCUCUCCUUGUUUGGCAGUAUUCAAGAUUGUUAGAGUAGGUAGGCAAGAGAGAGAGAGAUGACAAACCAGAAUGUGGUGGAAUCAGGGAUAAACAUGGCGAUAACGGUGGCGGUGUCAGGGUCGUCGCUGGCGGCGCAUAAGCCGCCGGCGGUGCCGGGGACCUACAUCAGCAUCUCGAAGAAGAAGCUUCUGCAGAAUCUGGACAUCAACAGCAGCGCCAGAAUGAACGCCUGGGUGGACUCCAUGAGAGCUUCCUCUCCCACUCACAUCAAAUCUCAAACUCUCGCAGAGGAUCAAAAUUUGCAACAUCCAUCGGCUCUGGACAUGUUCGACCAAAUCACAAAUGCAUCAAAGGGAAAGCAGAUUGUGAUGUUUAUGGACUAUGAUGGCACGCUUUCUCCUAUAGUUGAUGAUCCAGAUCAAGCCUUCAUGUCCGACGCGAUGAGGGCCACCGUCAGAAAAGUUGCUAGAUACUUUCCGGCUGCUAUAGUGAGUGGGAGAUGCAGAGACAAGGUGUAUAGUUUUGUGCGUCUGGCAGAGCUGUACUAUGCAGGUAGCCACGGCAUGGACAUAAAAGGCCCAUCAAAAGCUUCCAAACACACCAAAGGUGGUGAAGCUCUUCUUUUCCAACCUGCUACUCAAUACCUUCCCAUGAUUGACGAGGUUUACAAAGCACUAUUGGAGGUGACAAAAGAUACUCCAGGCGCUACGGUGGAGAACAACAAAUUUUGUGUGUCCGUACAUUUCCGACGUGUUGAUGAGAAGAAAUGGAUUGAACUUGCAAAACAAGUUGGAUCAGUGCUGGAGGCGUAUCCUGAGCUUCAAUUGACCCAAGGAAGAAAGGUUCUCGAAAUUCGUCCUACUAUCAAAUGGGACAAAGGGAAGGCUCUCGAGUUUCUGUUAGAGUCACUUGGGUAUGCUAAUUGUGCUGAUGUAUAUCCUAUCUAUAUUGGAGAUGAUCGAACCGAUGAAGAUGCGUUUAAGGUUCUAAGAGAAAGGGGUCAAGGAUCUGGAAUUCUUGUUUCCAAGAUUCCGAAAGACACAAAUGCAUCGUAUUUGUUGCAAGAACCAUCUGAGGUCAUGGCAUUUCUACGACGUCUAGUAGAUUGGAAAAGAUUGUCGCUGAGAAAGCAGUUCAUGUUGAAAGCAAGACUUCAAGGGGUUAAAAUGUCUUUACCAAUUUGAGAACUAAUUGUUAAUAGUAGAUGUUAAUUAUGAGAAGCAAUAUGUGUACGUAUAUAUAAAAAUGUACGUAUUUUGUAGCUUUAUUAUGCUCUAAGUAAAAUUAGAUAAGAAGGUUAGAAUGAGAGGGAGCUGAAAAAGGAAAAGAAGAAGAAAAAACAAAAAUCCCCCCUUUAGCUGUACCAUGCCCUUGUGCAACUUUUUAUUUGUAAGUAAGCAUGUGCAACGGCAAGAUUGUAUUUUUUUUCUUCUUCUUGUUUACUAAUCAAAUGGAAGUAUUCGUAACUUUGUACUAAUAUUAA